AUGAAAGAGGAGGAAGAGUUUGUUGAGGUGACUGUUCCUGAUGGUGAAAGUGACAAUUCCCACCACUGUUUGAGAGACUUCAGCAGCCAGAGACGAACUGCUGCUGCUGUGGAAAUAUUCAGCGUGUUUGAAGAAACUGUGGUCCAGCACGAGAUGGAGAUUGAUGGUCAGCGCAGACACAGAACAGGUGAGAAGCCGUAUUGUUGUGAAAGCUGUCACAAAAAUUUCAGUAGAAAGAGUAACUUGUUGCGCCACAUGAGAAUUCACACAGGUGAGAAGCCGUAUUCUUGUGAAACAUGUGGAAAAUGUUUCAGUGCACAGGGUAAUUUGGUGUCCCAUAUGAAAAUUCACACUGGGGAGAAGCUGUAUAGUUGUGGAACUUGUGGGAAAAGUUUUUACAGACAACGUGAUUUGAAUCGCCACAGUAAGACUCACACAGGCGAGAAGCCGUUUUGUUGUGAAACAUGUGCAAAAACCUUCAGUGACCGGUCUGGUUUACGAAUACACAUGAGAACUCAUACAGGUGAGAAGCCGUAUUGUUGUGAAACAUGUGGAAAAACUUUCAGUAACCAGUCUGGUUUACGAAUACACAUGAGAACUCACACAGGUGAGAAGCCAUAUUCUUGUGAAACAUGUGGAAAAUGUUUCAGUGUACUUAGUAGUUUGGUGAACCACGUUAAAAUUCACACAGGUGUGAAGGCAUAUUGCUGUGAAAUAUGUGAAAAAUGUUUCCUUCGUCGGAAUGACUUGUUGGUCCACAUGACAACUCACACAGAGGAGAAGCCGUAUUCUUGUGAAUCAUGUUCAAAAAGUUUCGGUUGUCGGAGUCUUUUGUUAGUCCACAUGAGAACUCAUACACGUGAGAAGCCGUAUUCUUGUGAAACAUGUGGGAAAUGUUUCAGUCAUCAAAGCAAUAAGUUGGUUCACAUGAGAACUCACACAGCCCACAUGAGGGCGCGCUUGACGCCAAACGUCUUUGACACACAUGCGGUAACACAGAAGAAGCUAGCGUCUGACGACAACAACAAGACAGACGAAGCUGGCAGAUGA